GACUAGGCCUAAAAAAUCCCCCUGCGUGUGUGCUUCCUCUUGGGCGAGUGCUCGGGCGACAGCGAGGGUUUCUCUCUCCCUCUACGAUCCCCAGUGCAAAAUGCCUCGCUAUGAUGACCGAUAUGGCAACACACGCUUAUACGUUGGUCGAAUAUCCUCUCGCACUCGCACCCGUGACCUUGAACAUCUUUUCAGCAGAUAUGGAAGAGUACGAGAGGUGGAUUUGAAGCACGACUUCGCAUUUGUUGAAUUUAGUGAUCCUCGUGAUGCUGAUGAUGCAAGAUACAGCCUUGAUGGUCGGGAAUUUGAUGGAAGUCGCAUCACUGUGGAGUUUGCACGGGGAGGUCCACGUGGCCGAGGAGGUUCACGCGAAUAUCUGGGUAGAGGACCUCCUCCCGGAUCUGGCCGCUGUUUUAAUUGUGGGCUAGAUGGCCACUGGGCUCGAGAUUGCAGAGCUGGGGACUGGAAAAACAAGUGCUAUCGGUGUGGCGAAAGAGGCCAUAUAGAAAGGAACUGUCAGAAUAGCCCUAGAAACCUCAGACGUGAGAGAAGCAAUUCGCGAUCGCCAUCCCCUCGACGUGGUAGGAGCCGCAGCAGGAGCUAUAGCAGAAGCCGGAGCUACAGUAGCCCUUCCAGAUCGCCCAGGAGAGACCGUAGGAGAUCUAGGAGCCAAAGCGACAGCAGGAGCCCCCCACCGUCCAGGGGGAGAGGCCGCAGCCCCACGGCUGCUGGCAGUAGGAGCCCAGAAAAGGACCGAGCAGGAUCAGACUACAGCAAGAGCCCACUGGGCCGGGAGGACAGGAGCCCGCCUGAGGAAGACCAGAGGUCUAGAAGCCCUGCCACUAAUGGUGGUAGCAUGAGUCCUAGGGAUGACGAGGAAAAUGGCAAUAAUCAUCGUGGGAGCGAGUCUCCUGAAAAUUGAUGGUCGAGCAAUGUAGGUCAACUAUGCGUUAAUACACGAGGAUGUGAUGUCGUCAUUAUCAGCGAGAUAUUUGCUUACCCUUUCAGGUUUUAAUAUGAACUGACAGUUUUAUGCUUGUUUUGAUAAGUAUGUUAUUUGGUAUUAGUGUUUGGUAACAGCUGCUUAAAAGUUUAGGAGUAUACUGGUGGUGGA